AUGGUUUCUCAUUCGACGGUUGCAGAUUAUUAUAAAGAACUAGGCGUUCAUCGACAUGCAACAUCAGCGGACAUUCGUGCAGCUUAUAAACGUUUAGCACUCGUCUGGCAUCCUGAUCGAAAUAAAGCGAAAGAGGCAGAAGAGAAAUUCAAAAAGAUCAAACAAGCAUAUGAUGUUCUGAUUGAUGACAAACAACGACGAGAAUAUGACCAACAACAAAAUCCUUGGUUUGAUGGCACAUCGAGUUUCCAAUAUGCUGCUCAUCCAGCGUCAGCAGAUCAAUUCAAUCUUCAUACAUUCGAUCAAUUUACGGCAGCACCCGUUGAUCCAUUCGAAAUUAUCAAUGAUAUUCAAUACUUUCAAGAUGCAGAUUUCACAACCAAAAUGAUGAACAGUCCAAGUUAUCGUAAUCUUUAUACUCAAAUAUUCAACACAAUGAAUAACGAUCCUCAGAAUCAUCGCCGUGGCCAUACAUCAUCACCAAUUUAUCUCAAUAAUGAUCGUCUCUUCCGUCCAAUAUCUAAAGGUCGUUCGAAACAACAUCAAUCGAAGCGAACGUCAUCAAAACGCUUCUCAACAAAUAUUCCUGUUAUUCAUUCCACCAUGCCGAAUGAUUGGUUUCUUAAUGAAUUAAUUGACACUUACGAGCAACAGAAUUUCGACUUUAUGCAGCCGGCAUUUCAAAAUGAUCCGUUCUAUGAUGAUCUCUCCCAUUGUUCAGUUUGUCAAAAGAAAAUUAUCGGUGAUCGAACACAAUUACUUCAUCAUGAACGUCAAUGUCGAGAAAACUCGCAUUACUAUGCGACAGUUCCACCAACAACUAUCGAUUUAAAUCGAUUAAACUUCGAACAAUUACUUGAACUCCAUCAAUCAAUGAUCGCUCUCGUUCGCUAA